AUGAGGUCGAGAUCAUGGUACUCCCGCCUCGCGCUCCUUGCUGUGACGCCCCUGCUGGUUGUGCUGGCCCUGGCGCUCAGCAGCCCACAGCGGGAGGAACCGUCUGAGCUCACAACGUAUGUCCUGCCAAACAAGUACGACCAAUCGGUGGAGAAGAUGCAGGAGGAGCUGCAACGGGACUCCCUGCUGCCUGCCGGCGUGAUAGGAGCUGCGCAUCAUGUGCUCAGCUCCAUAGGAGGAAGGCUAGCGACGCUGCUGACGGGGUUGGGAUCGACGGAGGAGCAGCGGGAGGUCAAGAAGAUCUCAGUGGGGAAGCUCGACCAUCUCCUUGACGAGGUGGAGGACGGCACGAUUAGUGUUCAAGAGGUGAAGGCUCGACUGGACUACCUGAAGGAGUCGGAGAAGUCGAUCAGGGCACAGACAACCGAGCUCAUGGCGAAGCUGCACCAGAGACUUGUAGAGCUCGCGCAGCAGAACGAUGAGGGCUUCCUGGACCUGACGGCAUCUCCUACAUGCCUGGACCGCGCGGAGAAAGUGGUCCUGAAGGGCCUCAGGGGAUGCCUGGAAGGAAUGGGGAGCCGGGUCCGCGGGGCCCGCGAGGUGACAUGGGGGAACUGGGACCUCCUGGACCUCCUGGACCGCAGGGGAUCAGGGGCCCGCAAGGGGCAAUUGGAAUCCCAGGAGCAGGAGGACACGAAGGGCCCCCUGGUCCUCCUGGAGCUGAAGGUGCGAAGCUCGAUGCCUGUGAACGAGUAG